AUGGGUCUCUUUUCAAAGAAGAAGGACAAGGGAGGAAAGGAUAGCCCAGCAGCCCAGAACCCAUAUGCUGCGCCUCCAGCAGACAAGGACCCGUAUGCGCAGCCGCCGCCCUCGUACUCCAGCGGUGGUCAGGAAACAUCAUUCCGCCAAGACAAGACGCCAGCAGUGACCGGACCGGGCCAGAGCUACGGACAGCGACCAGGUGGAUACGGUGCUCAGGGAGGAAGCUUUGGCGCGCAAUCAGGCUAUGGAAACGACCGCUACGGCGGAGGUGCACCACAGCGGCCUGGCGGCUAUGGAGGACUUGGAAGAACUGCGUCCAACGACACCAUGAGCACCGAGGCAGGCCGCAACGAGCUGUUCGGCAACGCACCUCAACGCCAACAAGCGCAGCCGCCCCAACAACCUAGCGCCCUCGGACAGAGUGGUGCCUAUGGAAACACCCCGAGCGGCGCAUAUGGUGGUGGUGGUACCUCUGGUGGCUACGGUUCUACACCGGGUGGCUAUGGAACAUACGAAGACCGCCAAUUGACGGCCGAAGAACAAGAAGAGGAAGAUAUCGACGCUACAAAGCAAGAGAUCAAGUUCAUGAAACAACAGGAUGUUGCUAGCACGAGGAAUGCUCUCCGUCUAGCUGAGCAGGCUUUGGAAACCGGUCGAGGAACCCUAGGAACACUAGCAGCGCAAGGAGAGCGCAUUCACAACACUGAGCGCAAUCUUGACCUUGCUUCUAUUCAGAGCGAUAGGGCUAAUGGCCAGACGAAGGAACUGGCUCGUAUCAACGCGAGCAUGUUCUCCAUCGUUCCCAACCCCUUCACAGGAAACUCCAAACGCGAGAAGCAAAUGCAACAGGCCAUGGACCAGCACGCACGCGAUCGCGAUACCCGUGAAGCCACCAACCGUGCCAAAUGGGAGUCUGGAGCUCGCGCAAACGAAGCCCAGCGCCAGCUACAGCAGGGAGGUGGUUCACAGGGCAACAACAAGAGCUCGCUUGCGGCGCGUUCUAAGUUCCAGUUCGAAGCCGAUGAAGAAGACGAUGCUAUGGAGAAUGAGAUCGAUGGCAACUUGGAUGCACUCCACGGCAUGGCUAAGAACCUCAACCACCUCGGCCGCGCAAUGGGCGAGGAGGUUGAUAAGCAAAACGUCCACAUCACACGCAUCACUGGCAAGACGGACCAGGUUGAUGACAAGAUUGCUAGGAACAGACUCAAGUUGGAUCGCAUCCACUAA